GCGGACCAACAUCGUUUCCCGCAAGUCAAGCCGCACGCGGUCCUCAAGCGGUGAUCACAUCCAGAUUUUUCCCCUCGGGCGACUCCGAGAGCUUCUCCCUAUUCGCGAGGGAGGCGGCGGCGGCGACCGCGUUCCAGAUCCGAGCAGCGGCGCAGCCUCCUCUCAUCCUCUCUUCUUCUUCUUCUCUCUUCUUCUUCUUCUCUCUCUCCCUCACAGCGCCGCGACCUCCCAUCUCCUCUCUGUCGCUCCCUCUCGUCGUCGCAUCCGCCAGCAGCAAGCAGGGCGGCAGCAAGAAGCGAAGGGCGGCGCCCAGGGAUCGGCCAGCUACAACUCGUCCUUGUCGCCUCCGUCAUCGUCCGUGGCCAAGGGUUUAGUUCAUUUUGAACUUCAGCUUCAGAUUUAUUUUUAGAAUGGCGACUUCUUUGGAUAUGUCACUAGAUGAUAUGAUUAAGAACAGAAGUUCAAGGGGGAGAGGAAGGGGCAGGUCACAGGGAGGAGUUCGAGGCAGAGGUGAUGGCCAAAGGUUUAGCUAUGGUUCAGGGCGUGGACGUGGUGCUGGAACCUUCCGUGGAAGGGGAGUUGGAGUGCCUUCUCGAAGGCCACUUGGUGUUAAUACUCGGUCUUCAUCAUAUGCCAUUGCCAAGUCAUUCAACAAAUCCAAGGAUAUUGUGUGGAGACAAGAUCUGUUUGAGGAUAGCAUGGUUGCUGCUGGUCUUUCUGGAACAGAAUCUAGUACAAAGCUGUAUAUUUCCAACCUGCACUAUGGAGUGACAAAAGAAGAUAUACAGGAACUUUUUUCUGAGAUGGGUCAUUUGAAGCACUGCGCUGUUCACUAUGACAAUAAUAGACGCCCAACGGGUUCAGCCGAGGUGAUAUUCACUCGGAGGAGUGAAGCGGUUGCGGCCUUAAAACGAUAUAAUAAUGUGCGCCUUGAUGGGAAGGCAAUGAAGAUUGAAGUGAUAGGAGCAGAUUUGGGUCUGGCUACUCCUUCAGCACCCCGUAUUAGUGUUGUCCCUGGUGCAAGGGGAAGAGGACAGCGAGAAGUUGUAAUGAUGCCUGGUGGAAGUGGGUUUGGUCGAGGCGCAGCUGGUUCAUCUAAUUUCAUUCCUGGGUGGAAGCAAAAUAAUUUUGCACAAAGAGGAUGGGGCCAAAUACGAGGUCGCGGACGUGGACGUACUAGCUUCGGUCAGGGGCGCGGCCGCGGACGUGGUCAUGGGUAUGGUCGGAAGGGACCUGUGGAGAAAUCAGUCGAUCAAUUGGACAAGGAGCUGGAUAACUAUCACUCUGGGGCAAUGAACGUUGACUAAGAUGCUGCGGCCAAUUGCGUGGAUUUGGAACUCGGCAGAGCCAUGAAAUUUGUAGCUUGUUUGCAUUUACUGCCGAGUUAUCGUUGGUAUCAUGUCAGUUAUGCAUCUGACUUGUCUUUCCUUUAGCUUUAUUGCUAGUUUCCAACUGCAAAUUCUAGUUCUAGGCUAGUCGUUACUCCGUUAUAAAAUUCGCUGGUUACUGCUUGGUCCCAUGCUUCUGGUGGUUUUCAUUUCUCUCUCUGCCCAGUGUUGAAAAGGGUGCUUGUUUGGGGGGCGCAUCACAUUUUUUUUAUCAGCCAGAGCCAAU